AUGUUGGCGCUUGCAGCCCCUGUCUGUCUAGCACUUGCUUUUCUCUUCCGCAAAUGGCGGGCCUGGCGAGUCCAGAGAUGGGUGCGUGGGCAGUUAGACGUGGCCAACUUCCACUAUGCCCCCGACCUUGAAGGCGAUUUGCAAGAACGCCUCCGUCUGCGUGCCAGCGAGAACCGCCGUCUAAAGAUGGCGUUCGGCAUCGAUAAUUCCCUGACAACCACCUCCCCGUCAGUCCACAGCGCGUUCCUCAAGACGGCGUCCGGAGUCUUGAACAGGAGGGGGCGCAACUGGGAGGAGCUCUACGGCAUCGCCAAAGCCUUCCUCGAGGCCGAGGUGGAAACCCACGAAGCCGCCGGGAAGCGAAGUCUGCGUCUCGCUGAAUCCGUCCGCUGCAUGGUCCUCGCGGUGGUCCUUUUCGACAGCUUCAACAUCGACGUAACCACCAUCCCCCGAUCCGACCUCGCCACCAUCACAACCGAGAUCAACAACCAGUGGCUGCGUUCCAAGAGCCACCCUACCGACGUCACGCCGUCCGAGCUCCUCAACUCAACCAUCGCCUCGCUCAACAUCACGUCGCGCUCCCCAGGGGCAGAACACACCGCACUGUCCCCGGCCGAGGUCCUGGGCCUCCUCAUGCCGCAGUACGAAACGCUCUGGCGCGUGGUGCUGCUGACCUUUGUCACGGCAUACCACCACCAGCCGGCCGCCUACGCGGACGCCGUCCAGCGGACCGCCACGGUCCCCAGCUGCCUGGGUGACCCCUCCCUCGAGAAGGAAGCCCUCAAGCUCGCCAAGGAAGGUCUCCGCCUCUACCCCUCCAACAAACACCUCUACCGCGCCGCCCUCACCACCACCACCCCCACAACAACCACCACCCCCCCAACCGCCGCAACCGCCGCAGUAUCCGCCUCCCUCACAACCCUGCACCGCCACCCCCAAAUCUGGGGGGGUCCCGACGCGCGCACCUUCCACCCCUCGCGCUUCGACACCACCGCCCUGACGCCCGCCCAGCGCCAGGCCUAUGUGCCGUUCUCGGUCAAGCCGCACAGGUGUCCGGCGGCGGGCGGGUUUGGGGAGAGGAUGGUGGUGGUGUUGGUGGUGGCGUUGGGGAGGGGGUGGGGGCGUGGGGAGGGGAAGGGGGAGGGGGGUGAUGGGGAUGGGGAUGAGACUCGGAGGGCGGUGGUGAGGUUUGGGCCUGGUUCCCCGUCCUUGACCGAGACCGACUUUGUUAAGUGGUACUCGGCUAUGCCCGCAGGUUACGGGCCUGCAUCUUCUUUGCAUGUGCCCGGUCGCCCCGGCUCGAGAUUGACGCAGAUGGCAAAACAUGUUGCGAAUCCACGACCCGGGAUUGGCUUGAAGCAACCCCACGUGCAUUCGCCCAUGUCACUCUUCCGGGAACACGACAGCAAGCAACACCGGCGGCCGCCAAGCUGGGAAUCUGGAUCCCGAGGUCUGACGGUCCAAAUCAGACCUCAGUUCUCGGCCAUGCUAUACCGUCUCGGCCUAGGCGCCCUUGUUGCCGCCCCCCUUGUCGAGGCAUCGUUCGAGAAAAAUCUUGCUUACAGCAGCCCCUCGAGGCGUCACCCAAGCCUGGCGGUCCCUCUCUCCCAUGUCAACAAGCGGCAAACUAGCGAUGUCUACGCGCCCGCAGAAGUCAACUUCACCCACGGCGUUGCAUCCGGUGACCCCUAUGCCGACUCGGUCAUCCUAUGGACUCGGCUAGCCCCGACCACCAAGAGUGUUGCCUCGGACCUCGUCCCUGGGGGCGUGGUGCCCAUCUACGGUGACUCGGAGGGAGCUCAGCCGUCUGCCAAGGCCGCCUGUGUCGAGUUCAAGAUUGCCACGGACUUGCCUCUAUCCAAUGUCGUGGACCAGGGGCGAGCUUUCACGAGCAGCGACGUGGACUACACGGUCAAGGUCAGCCCGCUCGGCCGGACCAAGACCAUCCCCUCCAAGACCCAAAAGGUUGACAGAAACAUCAACCUCGCCGUCUACUCCUGCAGCAACUACCCCGAGGGCUACUUCAACGCGUACGCCAAUCCGGUGCGCAAAGAGUCGAUCGACUACGUGCUGCACCUGGGCGACUACAUCUACGAGUACAAGCCGGACUCGUCCAUCCAGGGCCGCAACCCGCAGCCGGACCGCGAGAUCUACACGCUGUUUGACUACCGCACGCGGCUGGGCGCGUACCGCACCGACCCCGACCUGCUCGCGUCGCACGCCAAGUUCGCCUGGAUCCCCGUGUGGGACGACCACGAGGUCGCCAACAAUGCCUGGCGCAACGGCUCGAGCAACUCGGACGGCGAGGUCUUCCGCGCUCGCAAGCAGGCGGCCGUCCGCGCCUACUUCGAGUGGAUGCCCCUGCGCCAGGCCGACAUGGACGACAGCCUGCGCAUCUGGCGCAGCUUCUCGCUCGGGACGCUGUUGGACUUGGUCAUGUUGGAUACGCGCCAGUAUGACCGUGACCUGACGGUGCUAAACGGGCUAGCGGGCAUCGGCGGGAACAGCCAAGAGGUGGAGAAGCUGGUGGACCUGCAGAACCGGACCAUCAUGGGCUUCAAGCAGGAGGCGUGGUUCUACGACCAGCUGACGCAGUCGUCGGAACGGGGCGCCGCGUGGCGUCUGGUCGGGAACCAGGUCAUCUUCAGCCGGAUGACGCUGGGGAUCCUGGGCGACCAGCCGUUCAACCGCGACCAGUGGGACGGCUAUCUCGCGAACCGCGACCGCGUGUACCAGCACCUGGCCGACGGCAAGAUCAACAACACGGUGAUGCUGUCGGGCGAUUCGCACGCCGCGUGGGUGUCGGAUCUGGCCUGGCUUGGGAAGAGGGACUACGACGAGACGACGGGCGAGGGCGCGUUCGGCGUCGAACUGGCGGGCACCGCAGUGACAAGCUCUAGUCCCGUCGGCGGCCUGCCCAAGUUGUUGGCGAACCCGCUAUCCAAGUGGCUGAUUAGCAAGAAUCCCGAGCUGCAGUGGCAGGAUCUGUUCUACCGUGGGUAUUUUGAGAUGAGCAUUGGGUAUGAGGCCAUCGAGGCCAGGUUUUACGGCAUCCCGGAUGUCAAGGUCAAGAGCGACGACGAGAUCUUGCUGGCGACGUUUUUGAUCAACAAUGGGGAAAACAAGCUGGCGAGGAACCCGACGGUGGGCGGUGGGCGGGCCAAGGGGGGCGCGCUGAAGAACGGAAAGGUGCCCCUGGUCUAA